AUGGCUGAUCAACAAGAUGAAGCAUUCACCAACAUUGCGCAAACCUUGCAGCUGCUACAACAGAUGCUAGCUGCACAAGCUGCUGCUCCUAUUGCUGUCCCUGCUGCGGCUGCUCCACCGGCUGUUGCGGGUUCAACAGCGGUGGCUCAAGCCAGUGCUCCACUAAGAACCUCUUGGGCGGGAGUUCUUGAAGAACUUUUUCAGUUCGUACUCCUUAUCCAAACCCGAGCUGCAGAAGUAAAAUGGGAUGCUCCGUCUCCUAAUGGAAUUCUCACCUAUGGUACAAACCAUCUUCUCUCCGAUUACCACUCUAUUUCUCUUGCCACCCUUCAGGCUGAACAUACUGCCAGAGUUGAUCCUCGUGCCAUUCAGAACUCAAGAUGCCUCUACAACUGCUUAGCUUCAAGCAUAACUGGCGAUCUCAGAAUUGAAAUCUUCGGACAACCUGGAAACCUUCCUACUCACGGAGACGGCCCGUCUCUGUUCAAGCGCAUGAUCGACACCACUGCUGCUGCAUCUCUUCAAGUAUCUAGCAACGCAAUCCAAGAUCUUCUUAACCUUGAUCCUGGAGAUUACAAGUUUGAUAUGACUGCUGUCAAUUCGCAGAUCAUUGGCCUCUUCACAUUGGCCACUACUGCCGCUCGAUUGAUGCCAGACUCUGAACGCUGCUUCUACAUCUUUAAUACCUAUCGAAAGAUCAAGCAACCCCAAGAUUUUGUUAACUGGACAAACAGCAAGGCUGAUGCGUUUAGUGAAGGUACCCUUGCAGCUCCUGCUGGUACUCCUACUCUUCAUCAGUGGCUCAUGACUCAAGCCGCGUUGAAAUGCAGACGACUACAAGCCGACAAAUCGGCCAAUCAUCUCUGGAGAACCACUACAACCCGUCAAGAUAUCAAUGGUGAUUUUGUUGCCAUGAUUGCUCCUAUCCUUGCUGCACAGAAGGGAAAAGGUGUUGACAAGAAAGGCGGAAAAGGAAAGACCAAUCCUAAGACCCCUGCUACGGAAGACAAAUUGCCUCCCUUUGUCCGACACUUCAAGAAGCCCGAAUCCGAGGGAGGUACACCAUAUGUUAUUGGCGAUACCAAAACGUAUAACACUACAACUUGGCAUUUCUGCGGUUGUCCCAAACACCGUAGCAACCUCAAAUGGCACACUCAUCCUACUGCCGACUGCAAAAUCCGCAAGGCCUGGUUAGAAGAAAAAGCUGCAGCUGCUGCUGAAGCCAAUGCAGGCGAUGUUCAAUCUGAAAUUCCAAUCGAGGAAGGUUCUGCUGCGAGCAACGCCACUUCAGGUGUAACUGCGCUUCUCGCUAAUGCACUCUCGAUGAUCGGCGAUGACGACGCACUUCAUGAUGUCAUUUCUGAGGCGCUCUCUGCCUUGCAUCAGACUUGA